GCCUGGAGAGACCAGUCGCAACAUCCAUCAGCCCAACUGACAGUGUACUUGAUUUAUUGCGACACCCUUUCUUCGACAAAGGCAAUGCUUACCCAAUAUCACCUAACUUUGGAUGUAUGGCGACUCAUUUUCGACCUUUUAGCUAUCCGCGACCUGAAGAAUUUCUGCUUAGUCUCUCAGGCAUUCAACCUGAUCGCAACACCUCUCCUGUACCGAUCUAUUCAUCUUAUUGAAUGGCAGGACCCUUGCCCAGUGCGGCGGCCGCGCUUCAAGGAAUACGAUGAAGAACAGCCCCCCCUAAAAGGGCAUGCCCUUCUACUGUCCCGGCUAGGAGACGACAGAAACGAUGCUCUCCGUGCCUUGGUGCAAGAAGUCAACAUUUCAUACCCCGCUGGCUCCUUUAGCCAGGACUCGGUCCAUCGACUCCAGACUGACGACUACCUGAUCAAGCUGAUCGCCCGUCUGCCGAACCUUCGACGCAUCACCCUCGCGAUCCCGAAACUUCAGUCAGACCUCCUAGCUCACACCAUCUGCAACCACCCCGCUAAGCCAGAGCUUCUGCUACUGCGACAAAGCGGAGAAAGUGAAACUUGUACAUUUGCAGACCAAACCCUGCCCUGCGUCUCCACUCUCUCCGCAAAUGUCAACCCAUAUAUCAAGCCAAAAGACCCAACCCGGAGACUACUCACAAUCCAACAAUUGUUUUUCAACUGUCCAAAUCUUCGCUCAUUUUCGCUUGAGGUAUCAGGGAUCUAUGGGGGUUGUGUCAUCCUGGCGCCAAGACAUGACAGAGUCACUUCCUUCCAGCUUACUGGAGAAGAGACGUUUCCCCCGCUGCAGCAUCUUUCUUUCGAUGGGUACUGCAUCGGAGACCAAGAAUGGGAGUAUUGGCGUGAUGGCGUCCAAUGGGAAAGAUUAUCGUCGCUGGCUGUAGGACCAGAUACCACCACUGGCGUCCUUGGCCGUCUAGCAGGGUAUGCGACCCGCCUCACUACCCUUAAAGUGUCUGCGUGGGCGGGGGACAGUUUCCCUGAUAUGGCGGGACUCGACGAGCUUCUUUUAUCGUUCAACUCGCUCGAAACCCUCGAGCUGAAAGGGCACCGAUGCUCCAUUGAGGCUAUUGCCAACCACCGCAAUCUAUCUACUCUGUGUUUGCAUGAAGACGAGCUCGCCCACAGCCAGGCUCAGCGACGAGCACCUACAGCGCAGGAACUUGAACAUCUGGACCUUCACUGUCCCAAUCUUAAAUCCCUCAAAGUGUGCGUCAACAGAGGAGAAAAUCAGUGGCCAGAUUAUAUCCUCCACCACCUCGCAAAAGGCUUCAAAAACCUAAGAGACCUCUCCAUCCACUUCGAACUAGGCCUCGCCGACAUCAAGAAUCCCAUCAAACCCACCAUCAACUACAAAUCGGUCCAAGCCCUCGGAGAUAACUUCUUCGAACAAAGAAAACAGUCCGGGAUCGAAGUCUCCCAGCUAUUCACACUUACCCUCUGGACGGGAAAGUAUUUCCGACGCUACCCACAAUGGCAGCCCAGCUUUUCAAAAUUUGAAGACCGGUAUACCGCGACGUAUAAAUUGCGGCUGCAUUGCGAUAAGGUCAUUGUCCGUCACCUGCAAAAGGAGAGGUUAGAUUCUAUUUGGAGGGGAGAAAUUAAUGUUUCCAAGUACGACCAUAAGUUUCUUUGUGACAAUCUGGAAGCUGCUGUGGAGGGGCCUAAAGAUGAUGAUAGAUCUUUUGGGUAUGGGUUUGGGUUUGGGGCUUUGAGUGUUUAACAUGAUUUGACCGUGCUGAUGAUAGGGGACAUUUUCCAUUCUGAAUGAAUGGUCAACAGUUGUCCCAACAUGUGAUUACCUGCCCCUAGUGUGGUACUGCCAAUGGGUGGCACAUCUGCAAUUUCCCUAGGCAAUUUGCACAGAUUCUAAUCUUACUAUGAAGUCAAAUCUAUAAGCAUACUAGGGAU